AUGAACGAGGCCGCUAUCAAGAAGUAUGUGCAGCCAUGGCAGCAGAUAUUAGCAUUCAUUGCGCGGACCCAGGCCCUGCAUGAUUGGGCCAGCCCCAAAUAUGGAAUGACUGCACGGCAGCGUAAGAAAUGGCGGCAGCUAUGGCAGCUGGCGGGCCAGGCCCCCCAGAGCAGCCCCGAUCCCAUGGAUACCGAGAUGGACGACCCGCAGCGGGGUGUGUGGGCCAUGACCAAUAUGGAAAAGGCAUGCUUGGAGUUCUGUAUUGAGUUACUAAACCAGCACCAUCGCAGCCAUGAAUAUGAGAGUGCAUUGUUUUUGGGGUUUGCAUCCGCAGCCACCGCACUAUUAAUAUUAGGCAAGCGCAAACGAGCGCCAUGGGAGGAUGAAGCCGAGGUCAGUCGCAUCGAGCGCUGCCACCAGCUGGCCACCAUGGAUAUGGAAGCAGCCACGCAUGGCAAGAGCAUGUUGUUCAUGGUGCCAGCAUUCACCGCCCCUGGAGGCACCACCAUUGUUAUGGUCCCACUGGUUGCAUUACGGGCUGAUAUGCAGCGCCGGUGCCAGCAGCUGGGGAUUUCAUGUGUUGCAUGGGAGAGCCAGCAGCCCCCAGAUGCCGCGUUGAUCAUGUUGGUGACGCCCGAAUCCGCGGUCAGCCCCGAUUUCCAGACGUUUUUAAACUGGUUGCAGUGGAUGCGGCGGUUAGACCGCAUUGUGAUCAAUGAAUGCCAUGUGGUGUUGAAUUCCCAGCGUGAUUUCUGGCCCCAGAUGGCCUAG